GUGGAAACCCACGCAGAGAAGCGGCCGCGGGAGGUCUGCUGGCGCGGCAGCGGCGGCUGGCCUGGUCUCUUCGCUGCUCGGGCCGCGGCCCGCCCUGCCCGCCGCAGCCAUGCCCAUGAAGGGCCGCUUCCCUAUCCGCCGCACGCUGCAGUACCUGGGCCAGGGGGACGUGGUGUUCAAGGACUCAGUGAAGGUUAUGACGGUGAACUACAACACGCACGGGGAGCUGGGCGAGGGCGCCAGGAAAUUUGUGUUUUUCAACAUACCUCAGAUUCAAUACAAAAACCCUUGGGUGCAGAUCAUGAUGUUUAAGAACAUGACACCAUCACCCUUCCUGCGAUUCUACCUAGAUUCUGGGGAGCAGGUCCUUGUGGAUGUGGAGACCAAGAGCAAUAAGGAGAUCAUGGAGCACAUCAAAAAAAUCUUGGGGAAGAAUGAAGAAACCCUCAAGAAAGAGGAGCAAGAGAAAAAGCAGCUUUCUCACCCAGCACACUUUGGCCCCCGAAAGUACUGCUUACGGGAAUGCAUCUGUGAGGUGGAAGGGCAGGUACCCUGCCCGGGCCUGGUGCCUUUACCCAAGGAGAUGACGGGAAAGUACAAAGCAACUCUCAGAGCUGGUGCCCAGGACUAAGGCCUUAGGCCACUAGGGGCUGGGGCUACCUUGGCCACAGGGAAGCCUUGGUCCUGUCCCUGGAGAGACUCUGAAGAGCUUUUUGCAAUAAAAGGAUCCCUGUCACACACCUGUGUGCAAGGACGUGGGGGAAGGGAAGGAGUAUCUGCAGUUGAGCCACUGAAUGAAUAUCCCUCCUGCAGCAGGUCAAUAAAAUGCUUCUGUCUCCAGCA